AUGCGAGGAGGUUUAACGUGUUAUGACGAGGAAUCUAGAACGCCUGCAUCCACCGACGACGAUUCCUGUAUUUCCUUGGAACUCGAUUUGCUAAAUCCAAGGUAUCGAUCUUCGACAUCGAAUCGAAAAUCGCGACGUCAGCGAAGUUCGAAGAGCACGAGAAGUAAUUUGCCGAACCUGUUCGAGGCGUCUGAGAGAAACUCCAAUCAUCGUCGCUGUUUCGCUAGCUACGACCACGUCGAAACAAAAUUACUAGAUAAAGACACUAAGGGUCAUCGUGCGUCGAGUCUUCAACAUUUUCCGAGUUAUGGUUAUCAGAAAAAGUAUGAGCCUCAAGUAACUUUCGUUGCUGAGAAGUCUUCCAGUGGUGAAGACCUCGUCGACAGAUCCCUCCCGAAACUUUGCACGAAGGGGAAGAGUACACCGCGAAUAAUUCGAGCUAUCCGUCGAAACAGUCGAAAGUUCGAACCGGAGGAGGAUCGAUCAGAAUCACCGGAACGACCGCGUCCCGGGAACAGCAAGAGCAGCGUGGUGGUUCUGUAUCACGGGAAAUCGACCGCAGCCGCUCCAGCAUACCCCGAACCACCCCUUAGGGCCACUCAAUCGGAACGGGUGGUUGCGCGUGGACCGAGUCAAUUGCUAACAGAGACCGUUCAACCCUUGCGUCAGCAAAGCUCGAGCCUGGCGGAAAGUCCGGAAGACCGAUCUCUUAUAUAUCCGAUCGAACGAAGGAAAGCUACUUUGAGACGACGCCGACGUUUAUCGAGGCGACGAGGACCACUCAACGUACACAUUUAUCAGGACGGCCGUGCAGUCGCUUCCUUGUCCAAGGACCAUCGUGUUUUGUCCAAAGAGACGCAACCAGCGGACCGGAGAUCCGAUCCGUCGAGAUAUUCGGUCAAGUCUGCGAAAAAUUUGAUUAGGUCCUGUGAGGAGUCCACCACUCGUCAAGAGGACGAUUCGGAUGAUCCUGAUCGAGGCAGAGGAUCGAACAAGCACUGGGAACUCGACAGAACCUUCAGGGAACGAUGUCGUCCCACUGAUAAGUUCGUUUCGAAACUAAUGGCUCGUUCCAGUCUAGGAAAAGACGGGGAUUCGAGACAACGUAAAAACGAAGCCGUUUGCCCAAACUUGGCCUAUCUGAUGCAACAGAUGCACUCGCGUCCCCGUGAACGUGGCGACGACCGUGCAUUUAUCAGCGUGAACGACGGCGACGACGACUCGAAGCGGGUGUUCCCGUUUCAGGCUACUCCUAGCGGCAACUUGAAGAUCGUACCGAAUCAGGUGGUGUUCGAAUCGAAGAAAGUCAGCGUUCUGGUGGCUGAUCCACGGCACACGAAGGUUAACGUCAAAGCUGAGCUUAACAGACCCGGAAACGAGUUGGCUGGUCGCUUUUCCGAGCCCUCCGCGAGACCGAGGCUCGUCGAUCUUCCGCCCGGCGUCUCAUCCUCGACGAUCAAUCGGUUACAGGCCCAGAAAAGUUUUCCGCCGAUCGGGGACGCGAGCAAAUCCACGAUGCACGCAUUCAAAUCGAAAUUCGGUCAAACGGAGAUGGAGCAGAACCAGCAGACGUUGCCGUCGAUGUCGUGCCAAGCACCGUUGCUCCAGGAGGUGCCACUGUCCGCACUCGGAUUUACCAGCGAUUUGCCGAUCGAUUGGGAUAAUAUCAUUCUCCCGGAGAAGACCGACUUGUAUCAGGAGUUAGCCAGGCGUAUCACAAAUUACAAGAACGCGGAUUGCAUCGUGAGGAUUGGCGUGGACGAAUUCCAUUGCCACCUUCUGGUGCUCCAGAGCUACAGCGCCUUUUUCGACGAGAAGAAUUGUAAAGAGAUCGAUCUGACCGAGAGCGACGUGUCCUCGAAGGCGUUCGCCACCAUCUACGAUUGGAUGAUCAGUUCGCAGAACGAAAGCUGCCAGCUUUUGCACAGAGACAAUAUCCUGGAAGUAUUCAUCGCUGCUCAGUACCUCUGUAUUAAAGAAUUAGAAGAGCAAUGCUGGGCUUUCAUAGACAACGACGAAUUGUUCACCGAAGACACAGCCUUUUUAUUGUACCUGGAGGCAAAGAAGAUCAAAAAUAUCGCCGUCAUGGAGCUGAUGUUGCCCAGGAUAAUGAAAUUCUUCCUGAUGCUCGUCAGCACCAAAGACUUUCUGGAGCUGUCCGUUGACGAGCUCUGCCUUUUGCUAAAAUCGAACUACAUUUGCGUAAACAGCGAAAUGGAAGUAUUGAUGUCCGCGGUCCGAUGGCUGAUGCACGAUUGGGACAAUAGAAAGCAUCAGAUGCUGGAAGUAAUGAAGUGCAUCCGAUUCGGACUUAUAGCCCCGUGGCAAUUGGUAGACGUGAAAAGGAACCCGGAGAAUCCUGAAUUCAUGGAGCUGAUGUCAUUCCCGGAGGUGCAGAAGAUGGUCGACGAUGGUUUAGCUUUCGUCAUUAUCAAGUACUGGUACGGUAACCAGACCGAAGACUAUCACCACUGGAUCGAACUAUUGGGGCUGUCCGAGCCCACCAAUCGAAAUUGGGCCGGGGAGGACAAGAACUACGUGACGUAUCGGGAAUUCUUGCUGUACCUCGAAGAGUAUCAAAGAACGAAAAUUUCGGAGCUGAGGAAUCGGAAAACUCUUCCAAAGACCACCCCACCGAAUUCACCGCCCCAUGAUUAUUUGUUCCCGCCUUCGAGGACGCCUAACAAUUACGCUCAAAGCUCGGGUGACAACGAUGCCGUUCGCAACGACGCAGCAACGCAUUCGAUGCACUCGAAGGCUGCCCCCCAGAAUUAUUUACCGCUGAACAUGCCACUGGGUCUGAUGAUGCCUCCAAAAUUGAUGAACGAGUAUCUGGAAAGAAGGAAAGGGAGAUUGAGGAAAGUAUGUUUCAAAGUAACCCGCUCACGGUGGAUGGAAAAGGAAUGGCGGAUAUUACGGGAUUAUUACGCGGUUAUCGUCAAAGAAAUCUCGAGAGACGACAAUACAUGUAAGUUAAUGGCGCAGAACGAUCGUACGAGCAACGCGAAGGAUGGGAACACGGUUACCUUGGACACCAGGUCCACCGGUAUUGGGGAAUCAACGAAAGCUCCCAGCAGGCCGUCAACCGUCGAGAAACACGGCCAGGAACACUGUCAACGCGACGCGAAUUUGCUGGACGACGGUAAAUUGGAUUACGAGAGCCGGCAGGAGAAGAACGCGCCGGAUGUUUGCCGGUGCCAGCAGCGCGAGUCGAAUUUGAUAUUUUCCGCGAGGAAGCAGCAGGCGAGAUGUAGGUUGCCGAGGGACCCGGAGGCGCGAGCAGACUCCGGUAAAUCCGAGGAGGAGGCGGCCACCACGAUACAGGCCGUCUACAGGGGAUACAAGGCUAGAAGAAGAUUUCACGAAAUCAAGAAAUCGACGCUGGAGGAGAAACGGAAUAUCAAGAAGGUGGCGGAGCUUCUGGCUAUUCCGAUGGGAGAACCAGUCCGCAAUUUAGAACCUAUCAGAACCUCGAACAAUUCGGCGAACCAAAUGAAAAAUGAGGAAACGCCCUGGACUCUGAGUUCCAAGGCGAAGAACAAGGACCAACGUUGCGCCGAAGAUCUUUGUGAACGAUUGAACGAACGCGUGCCCAGUUACCUGACAGGAGAACAAAGGACGUUGCGUGUCCUGGCGACCCCGACGCGCCCACGAAAUGCGUUAAAGACUAUCAGGACCAUCAAGUCGCCGGUGUUUUUUUCAAAUCACGACGAAAGAACCAGUUCCUUUUCGGACAACACCGACACGGAGGAACCUAUCUCUCCGCAGACCGACGUUAAAUCGACCACGACCGAUUUCGACGACGAUGCAGAACACAAGGAACAAGCGAAACACUCCAAAACUGUCCAAGUUCGAGCCUCGAAUGGCAAACGACCACUACCACAGAGGAUCAGCAGCAGCAUAUUAGGUUCGAACGCUGACCGCUACUUCUCGGAGCAAUCUCUGUUCUUUCCCGAUCGAGAAUCGAUCCUCGUAUUCGGCGGCGCCGAUCCCCACAAAGAGUACGGUCGUACCGGAAACAUCAGCAAGGAUAUAUACAGAUUCAAACCUGCCGAGAACCUUUGGCAAUUCGCUGGAGAAAUUCCACAGCCACGACAUCAUCACUCGGUCGCUUACCUAAGAGGGCGUGUAUACGUAGCGGGAGGAAAGGCGACAAAGGAGGUGGAAGACAAACUCCGCGGGAAGAGUACCUCGGUUGCAAGUGUCUGGAGUUACGACCCAACCACGAGGACUUGGUUCGACGAACCUGACAUGCUGACAGCCAGAAUGGACUUCGGAUUGGUGGUCAGUCAUGGGAAAAUGUACGCCAUCGGUGGGCAAGACAGGAACGGGAUGGCUUUGAGAACCGUGGAGGCUUUCGAUCCGUCCGACUCCAGGUGGAGAGAGAUGCAACCGAUGCAAACUGCGAGGGUGGGACCUGCCAGCGUGAAAUAUCGCGAUCUUAUCUGGGUCGCUGGCGGGAUGACAAAAUCGAAAAAGGAGUUCUACACGAAGGACGUCGAGUGCUAUAACCCGAUCGAAAAUUUAUGGCUGAAAGCGGUGCCUUUGAGGUCACCGAGGUGCUUUGCCUCUUUCUACGUCGUAUCCGACUGUCUUUACGUGAUCGGAGGAGUGUCGAUCACCGAGACUGGCGCUCAGAGCAUCGACAGCAUCGACACGUGGGAUAGAAUCGAUUGCGUUUGGAAAGAACAGGCGAACAUGUCGAUCCCGAGGCACGGACACGCCGUUGGUUCGAUAGGCGAACAGUUAUUCAUAAUAGGAGGAAUAACUACGAUGUUCCCGAAAACACUGAACAGCGUCGAAUGUUAUUGCUGCGACAUAGGGAAGUGGAUGAAAGGCGUUGUUGCGUUACCAUAUUCUAUAUGCGGUCACGGGACUGUGUCUUUACCUCCGGCAAAUCUUUUGAUAAAUCACCAACAACUCUGA